UGCCUCCACCUCUCUCUCUCUCACUUCAUCACCCCUUUUCCUGGCAUUAAGUCCAGACCUGACACUGACACUGACUCUGUGUGUCAUCCCUCUCUCUCUCUUUCCCUCUCUCCCUCAUUGCUUCAAGGACCAGAGUGCCUGCAGAUGCAUUUCUCUGUAGCCCACUACCCCUCCCUCGCCUCCUCUCUUUCGCCCUGUCUAACUCUCUCCAUCUUUCUCUCCCUUUCCUCUCCUCCCAUGCACCCUGUCUCUCUGUCUCUCUCUCUCUCUCUCUCUCUCUCUCUCGCUCUCUCUCUCUCUCUCGAACACAGUCUAACAUUAACAAAGCAAGAGAACAGAGAGAAGGAAAGAGGGAUGAACAGAAAGUGAUAGAGACACUGAGCAAGUGUGGACCACUUUUACAAUUCAUUCAUCUACCAGGCUUGGAGUGGUCUGGAUGAUAGAAGGAGAGGGCCGGUGUUUUCUCACAGGUGACAUUUGAUGUAUGACAACCUAACCAUGCUGAACUUACAAAACGGCUCCAGCUGGACCGGCCCAAACAACUGGUACCACCCGGCCGACAGCAUCACUCCCCAACACAGAACAGAUGGUUGUGUGGAAGAUCUGAAUGUGCAGAUGGCCGGAGCAGGGGAAGGAGUGGUGCAGGGAGAGAGGGAUGAGGUGGAUGAGUCGCAGCUACACCUACAGCUAAAGAGGAAGCUGCAGAGGAACCGCACCAGCUUCACCCAGGAGCAGAUCGAUGCCUUGGAGAAAGUCAAUGGGGUCCAAAGGGUUCUACAGAAGAAUGUCACACGGGUUUGGAACUACAUGACAACAUUUUCAUUCUUAGAGUUUGAAAGGACUCAUUACCCAGAUGUCUUUGCUAGAGAGAGACUGGCUGCAAAGAUUGAUCUUCCAGAGGCCAGAAUUCAGGUAUGGUUCUCUAAUCGGAGAGCUAAGUGGAGAAGGGAGGAAAAGCUGAGAAACCAGAGGAGAUCAGGGGGCACCAGUACCUGUCCUCAGACACAUACUCCCCUGAGCACGUCCUUCACCUCCCCAGUAUAUCACUCCCAUCAUAUCAACAGCUCAGGCUCAAUGCACAGUCGGAGUGAUUCGUCUCUUUCAGGCUAUAGCUCUCUGUCUGUCUUCUCCAGUAUGCAGUCUUUGCCCUCCCAGUCCACUCCAACUUACUCCUGCAUGUUGCCUCCUUCUCCUUCUGCCCUCCCCCCUCUUUCCCGUAAAUUUGACUCCUCAUCUUACACCUCUCCCCACCUCCCUCCCCCACCCACGGCCAGCGCUAACACAGGUGCGUACCGUUUUGUAACGUACUCCACCCUCACACUGCAUAUUAAUGCUCUAAUCCACAGGCCAAAACACUGCAUGAGGAAUGAGUGUGUGAAUGUGGUUUAGCUGCUUUGUGGUUUUCUUUUGUGUCACAAAUUAGUCAUCAGAGGUGGGUCUCUUUCAGGAUUCUUUCCUGGUGUUUCUGCAGCAGGGCAGACUUCAGUUCAAGGCGUCGAACAGGAGCUGGGACAAGGUCUGAGUCAGUACUGGACGAGACUGCAGUAAAAACAGACCUUAUCAUUAUCAGACAUAACCAGCAGAGCUUCAAUCAGCAACUUUGAGCAAAUUAUUUAACAAAAAAAAGUGUCAGGAAACCCUUUAGAUUAUGUACACAUCAGGGAAGCAGUCUAUGUAAGCCAUAAU